GUGAAUCUCUCAUCGUUCUCUCAAAUUUCGUAUUUUUGUCACCGGACGGAGAAUCUUUCACGAUGUCUGCAAACCAGGAAGAAGACAAGAAGCCAGGAGACGGAGGAGCUCACAUCAACCUCAAAGUCAAGGGACAGGAUGGAAACGAGGUGUUCUUUAGGAUCAAGAGAAGCACCCAGCUGAAGAAGCUAAUGAAUGCUUACUGUGACCGCCAAUCUGUGGACAUGAACUCCAUUGCUUUCUUGUUUGAUGGCCGUCGUCUGCGUGCUGAGCAAACUCCUGAUGAGCUUGAAAUGGAGGACGGUGAUGAGAUCGAUGCGAUGCUCCAUCAGACUGGUGGCGGAGGUGGUGGUGCUAUGGCCUGACACUUCCUCCGGGUUUAGGGCUUGUGUGAUAUGAAUCGUUAAGGAGUAUUCGGCAUUAGGAAUUGCAGACUUGUUUUUAUCGUGACCAUUCUCUCUAGAAACUACAAGUUAUUAUGGUCACCAAGGUUAAAAACCCUUUGGUUGAUUUUUUGCCUUGUUCGUUUGGUAUUGGAUCCUAUGAUACUACUAUUUCGUCUUAAAGGUGUUAUUAACCCGAUUAUCUAAAGUUUGUUGGUAUGGUAACGAUGAAAAAGCUAUUAAUUAUUAAAAGUUGACCCUUAAC